AUGGAGGCCGUACAAUUUUCAACCGUUUCCUCCCGCCAUUUUCCUUCGGAUUCCUUGCAGAAGAGUUCCGGAAGCUUGUCUAGUUGCAAAUGUGCGAGGAAUUACGCUCAGGCUGUCCGUUCUUCAUGGACCGGUUCGAACAGCGUUGUUUCUCUUUCAUCGAGAAAUCCGUUUACCAGAGAACUGUGGGGUUGGGUGAAUACCAGGGGUGUUGCUCUGCCUCUGAGAAGAGAUACGCGUGGCGUGGUGAGAGCAGAAAUGUUCGGGCAGUUGACCAGCGGGCUUGAAAAUGCUUGGAACAAGCUAAAAGGAGAAGAGGUUUUGACGAAGGAAAAUAUUGUGGAGCCUAUGAAGGAUAUUAGGAGAGCUCUUCUGGAAGCAGAUGUAAGCCUUCCAGUUGUUAGAAGGUUUGUUCAAUCAGUUAGCGAGGAAGCCGUUGGGGUAGGCCUCAUUCGAGGUGUAAAGCCUGAUCAGCAGUUGGUCAAGAUUGUACGUGACGAGUUGGUGAAAUUAAUGGGAGGAGAGGUGUCAGAACUAGUUUUUGGGAAAUCUAGCCCUACAGUCAUAUUAUUGGCUGGUCUGCAAGGAGUUGGCAAGACAACUGUAUGUGCAAAGCUGGCAAACUAUCUUAAGAAACAGGGAAAGAGUUGUAUGCUUGUUGCUGGAGAUGUGUACAGGCCUGCUGCUAUUGACCAACUUGUCAUUUUAGGUGAACAGGUGGGCGUUCCUGUUUAUGCAGAAGGGACAGAUGUCAAGCCUUCUGAAAUAGCUAGGAAAGGCUUACAGGAGGCGAAAAGGCAAAAUGUUGAUGUUUUGAUAGUAGAUACUGCUGGAAGGCUUCAGAUAGACAAAGGGAUGAUGGAUGAAUUGAAAGAUGUGAAGAAAGUCCUGAAUCCGACCGAGGUUUUGCUUGUUGUGGAUGCAAUGACGGGCCAGGAAGCUGCAGCACUAGUGACGACUUUCAAUGUUGAAAUUGGAAUCACGGGUGCCAUUUUGACAAAGCUAGAUGGAGAUUCCAGAGGUGGGGCUGCUCUGAGUGUUAAAGAGGUAUCAGGAAAGCCAAUCAAACUUGUGGGACGAGGAGAGAGAAUGGAUGACCUGGAACCUUUCUACCCAGAUCGUAUGGCUGGACGUAUUUUAGGAAUGGGAGAUGUUCUGUCAUUUGUGGAGAAAGCACAGGAAGUAAUGCGCCAAGAAGAUGCCGAAGACCUUCAAAAGAAGAUAAUGAGUGCAAAAUUUGACUUUAAUGAUUUCCUGAAGCAAACUCGAGCAGUCGCGCGCAUGGGUUCCAUGACUCGUGUCCUUGGCAUGAUCCCAGGGAUGGGAAAGGUAACUCCUGCUCAAAUUCGAGAAGCAGAGAAAAGCCUAACGAUAAUGGAAGCGAUGAUAGAAGUGAUGACUCCAGAGGAAAGGGAGAAGCCUGAAUUAUUGGCAGAGUCAGCAGUGAGGAGAAAAAGGAUUGCCCAAGAGUCUGGGAAAACAGAACAGCAGGUGAGCCAACUUGUUGCCCAAUUGUUCCAAAUGCGUGUUCGGAUGAAGAAUUUGAUGGGUGCAAUGGAAGGUGGAUCUAUUCCUGCUCUGAGUAAUCUUGAAGAUUCCCUAAAGGCCGAACAGAAGGCUCCUCCUGGUACUGCAAGAAGGAAGAGAAGAUCGGAGUCCAGGAAACAGUUUCAAAGCUCAGCAUCUCCAAGGCCUACUCCUCGUGGCUUCGGUUCAAGCAAUUAG